AUGAAAUUAUCUAGAUUGUUUUAUUUUUCAACUGUUAAAUUUCCAUAUAAGUUUAAAGGAGUAAAACCUUUUCAUGAUUUCUAAGUUGAAGCCUAUUUAAAAUCCCUUUUUAGUCAUAACUUAAGUGAUGGAUUUUUAUUAGCAUAUUAAAAUCUUUUAGAGAGUUUAACAACAUCAGAUUAUAAGGAAUUCAUACUUGAAAAUUGUGAUAAAAAUAUUAGUAAAGCAUUGAUUGAAGGGAUAUAAUAAUUAGAAACAGAUGGAAAAAAAUUGAAAUUAGGUUAUAACGAUAAAUGUUAGACAAAUGUUAUGUAUGGAAAUACUACAUUGCAUUUUUCUUGUGACCAUGAUCAAGAUCUUUUGGAUUAAAAGCCUGAAUUAGUUUAAGGAGUUGGUCCUUAAAAAGCAAAGUUGUAUUAAUCUGGCAUAGAUUUUAAAACAAUGACCGUUUCGAGAGGAAUUAUUGAUGUUGCAAUAUAUAUUAGAUCACCUCUAUUUUUAUGUAUAAGUGGAGAGGAAGUAAACUGAUUCUAAUAAAAUAGAAAUUUGAGGAUGCAUAUCAUAGAAUUGAUUUUAGAACAAAUUCAAUAAGCAAGCUUUCAUUUAUAGAUGCUAAAGUAUUAAGUGAAUAGAUAAUGUAAAUGUUAGCUCAUAAGAAUUCAUAAACAGAAGCUUAGAUUUUAAUUGAUAGUCUUGGAAAAGAUUUUACAUGGAAAAUCUUUAAUAUAGAUGAGCAUUUUAAAUGA